AUGUUAUGGUACCGCGAUUCGUUCACACAGAUCCGCAGGUUCCGAUUGAGAUACACGGUUUCGCUGACACUUCCAUGCGAGCACAUGGAGCGUGCAUCUACGUUGGCACUCAACCUGCUGAAGCUAAGGCUUAGCGAAAGCCCGUUAGCCUUCGCCGCCGGACAACAUCGCACCCGCAACAUCACGCCCGCAACAAUCGCUCCGCAACACCACGCCCGCCCGCAACAUCACCACGCCUUGGGCACAUCGCGCUCACAGCGCAAUCACAACCGGCAGAGCCAACAUUACACCGGCAGAGCCAACAUCACAUCGACAGAGCCAAAAAACGCGCACGAUCACACCACGUGUCGACGACGCAGUAAAGCUAGAGAGAAGAGAACGACGACAGUUCGCACGAAGACAGCGAAAGGGCCGCUGCCGCGGUCGGCAGCAGAGAAGGGCCUCGAGCAGCUCCCGCCGCCCGCCGAUCGGAGAGUCGGUUUUGAAACCAACGCAUCGCCGCUCCUACACCCUAGCCAGGACUAUCAAGGAUACACAUCCUUCAGGGAACCAACGCAUCGCCGCCCCUGCACUCCAGCCAGGACUAUCAAGGAUACUCAUCCUUCAAGGAAACCAACGCAUCGCCGCUCGUGCACACCAGCCGGGACACACAACAACUAUAUGGGUGUCUCCUGGGUUUCUUACAGGAAAAAGCACGAACUCGAGGCUAUUCUUCUCGAGCUCGGCCUCGAACAAAACGGUACGGUCGACAAGCAGCGGGCCCGACUGUACGCGUUCGCCAGGCAAACGGAACACUCCGAAGAUACCCUGAUCCGGCUCGGGGAGAUGGAACGCAAGUAUGGAAACGCCCCAUCCGGAGACACCAAGCCACCUUCGCCGCUACCGCCCUCCCACGAAAAGGGACUAAGCAGUAGCCACACGCUGACCAUACCACGCAGCACUUCCCCGUCCCCAGAGACGCGAGGAAAAUCAGAGGGCACAGUACGCACCGGUGCGCACCAGUACGAUGCCGGCAUCUGUUCGAUGUUGAUUGACAAAGUGUCCAAAUGGGGACUGUCACUCGACGGCACCUCGGACCCCCUCAGUUUCAUAGAGCACAUCGAAGAACGGGCGGAUACCCACCGGAUUGACCGUGAGUAUCUGUCGCACGCUAUCAUCGUCCUCCUGACUGGCCAGGCGGAGAAUUGGUUCCGAACCAGUGAUCUGCGUCGGCCGCCGCACAGGCGCAUCCAUCGGUCACCUCACAGACUCAUCCUCCAGCCGCCGCACAGGCGCAUCCAUCACCCGCCUCACAGGCGCAUCCAUCGGUCACCUCACAGACGCAACCACCAGCCGCAGCACAGGCGCAUCCAUCACCCGCCUUACAGGCGCAUCCAUCGGCGCAUCCACCAGCCGCCCCAAGGGCGCAUCUACAAGCCACCGCACAGGCGCAUCCACCAGCCGCCUCACAGGCGCACCCGCAAACCGCCUCCCAAGCGCAUCCACAAGCCACCGCACAGGCGCAUCCACAAGCCGCCUCACAGGCGCACCCAUCGGUCACCUCACAGACGCAUCCAUCACCCGCCUCACAGGCGCAUCCAUCGGUCACCUCACCAUCCACAAGGCGCCUCAGAGGCGCAUCCACAAGCCCAUCUUUCACCUCACAGACGCAUCCACCAGCCGCCGCACAGACGCAUCCAUCACCCGCCGCACAGACGCACCCAUCACCCGCCUCUCAGGCGCACCCACCGGUCACCUCACAGACGCAUCCACAAGCCGCAUCAUAGGCGCAUCCACAAGCCGCCUCACAGGCGCACCCAUCGGUCACUUCACAGACGCAUCCACCAACCGCCGCACAGGCGCAACCAUCACCCUCCUCAUCCAUCGGUCACCUCUGUAGGAACCAUCGCAUCGCCGCCCCUGCACUCCAGCCAGGACUAUCAAGGAUACUCAUCCUUCAAGGAAACCAACGCAUCGCCGCUCGUGCACACCAGCCAGGACACACAACAACUACAUGGGUGUCUCCUGGGUUUCUUACAGGAAAAAGCACGAACUCGAGGCUAUUCUUCAUCGGUCACCUCACAGACGCAUCCACCAGCCGCCGCACAGACGCAUCCAUCACCCGCCGCACAGACGCACCCAUCACCCGCCUCACAGGCGCACCCACCGGUCACCUCACAGACGCAUCCACAAGCCGCAUCAUAG